AUGAAAUUCAUAAACAUCGCGAUUCUCUUUGCAGGGCUUGUGCACUCUAGAAUGCUUCUCAACAUCAAGGACAUAGCUGUUCCCUUCGUAAUCCAGCGAGGCGUGAUAGACAACCAGAUAUGCAAGGGGCAGUUCAAGCUGGAGACAGAAACUGCAGGCUCUGUCAAUGCUACAAUAUACUCAGAGGACAUGAAAAGAGUCUUCACCAAGGACAACUUGAAGUACAACGAAGAGGUGCACUUCUCAUUCAAUACAACGAAUGGGCAGACAUACACCAUUCGGAUCGAGCAGGCUGAUGAAAUCCCAGAGAAAAACAUAAAGAUAGAGUAUGAGUUUACGUCGCAGUACAACACAUUCAACAAAAACAUUGCUAAGUAUGAAGUGAUUGACCCUGCUCUGACAGAAAUGACCAAGUUUGAGAAGCUUCUCUACGAGCUAUCCCUCCAGACAUCGUACAGACAGAGAGAAACAGCUGCGUUCUCAGACAGCAUUAAUGAAAUUGUUGUGUCGAUUCUUUGUAUAAAUCUGAUAAUGUUCAUUGCAUUUGCUGGAAUACUAGCGUACCAGACAAUUUCCUUUAAGGACUUCCUAAAGAAGAAGAAGCUGAUAUAA